AGUUGAAAUAUCACACAGAAAACUUUGUGCGUUUGCUAUAAUAAUGUCGAGUUGUUCUAUUUUGUUCCACCUUGUGUGUUGUAUUUUAAUAGGCCUUGUGACAGCCUCGAAACCGUUGUCAGUUUUACUUAUAGAGCCUAUUCCAUCGAUUAGCCAUCACGUUUGGACAAUAAAUUUAAUAAAAGGACUGCUUCGCAAAGGCCAUCGUGUACAUGUAGUGAGCGUAGACGAGACUAAAAUCAAAGAUAAACUGGCACAGAAUUUGACAUACACCGUGUUCGAUGAUGUGAUGAAAACUUACGAAGAAUCCGAGGAUUAUAAUCCGUCUGAAUGGGAACAGUAUAGCGUAUUUUAUACAGGAUAUUUUACAUAUCAGUGGGGAAUCCAUGCAUGUGACACGUUAAUAAAAACUAAAGCAGCGAAAGAACUUUUGGAAAUGAUUAAAAGUGUUGAGUUUGAUGUCAUAGUACAGGAUAUUUCUUUAACUCCAUGUUUCUACGUAUUGUGGGAGAUUGCUAAAAGUAAGCCACCUAUAGUAGGUUAUAUUCCGUUUGGCUCUGCACCUUGGCUCAAGGAUUUUUUCGGUGGUCCAAAUUACCCAACUGUUCGACCUUACGCGCAUGCAGCCAUUGCGAAACCCGUAGAUUUGUGGCAGAGAACAUGGAAUGCUUUAUAUUACAUUAUAGAUGACCUCAUACGACAUUAUUAUUUCUUACCUAUUAUACAACAACUUGCUGAGAAAUACAUAGGUCACGCAAUCAGACCAUUACAUGAAAUAGAAAAAGACAGUAUUAAUAUGGUACUACUCAAUAGUCAUCCUGCAUUUGAGUCUGGGAUUCCAUUGCCCCCGAAUACUUUGGAGAUUGGAGGACUAAAUGCCCAGGACAUAAAACCGAUUGACGGCGAGAUAGUCGUAACGUAUCCCGAGAAUGUGCGUGAAUUUCUUGAUGGAGCAGAAAGUGGAGCUAUCUUAAUAUCCUUAGGAACAAAUGUAAAAUGGAAGUCAAUUGGAUUAGACAAGAUUAAAACUGUUAUACUAGCUCUAUCCAAAUUGAAACAACGAAUACUGUGGAAGUUCGAUAUUGAAAUGCCAUUUGAAAUACCACAUAAUAUAAUGGUUGUGAAAUGGUUAUUACAAAAAGAAGUUUUAGGACAUAAAAAUGUAAGAGCAGUUUGGACUCAUGGUGGCCUUCUCAGCACACAGGAAGCUAUUUGGAAAGGUGUGCCAAUGAUCAUAAUGCCUUUCUUUAUGGAUCAAAAGUCCAAUACACAGAUAUUAAUAGCUAAGGGCGUUGGCAUAUAUUUAGACAUCAAAAUUUUAUCCACGCAGACUAUAUUACACGCAAUUAAAGAAAUACUUCACAAUGAAAGUUAUACAAAAAACAUGAAACAAUUAUCUAGUAAAUUCCGGGAUCGACCGAUAUCGCCGUUAGACUUAGCUGUUUGGAGCAUUGAAUACACUGUCCGCCACCCAAAUGGAACUUUAGUAACACCACUUAAAUUCCAGAGCCGGAUAGAACAAAAUCUAAUCGAUGUUUAUGCAAUUUUAUUCUUUAAUAUUCUCAUAAUAUUGUUAAGUAUAUUUUUUGCGAUAAAGAUAUUUAUUAAUUUUUGUUUUAAUCAUAUAUAUAUCACACCUAAAAAUAAACUGCACGAAAAGAAGCAGGCGUAAGCCAUUGAAUGGCAACUAUAGAAAGAGAACGUGUAUGUUAAAUUAUUACAAAUAAUAUUAUUAACUGCACUACAAUAUU